CAGGAUGGCGACAGCAUCCAGAGCAAGUUUUACUCCAUCGUGCGGCGCGCCCGUGCUGCCGUGCCGCAGGCCGUGCCGCAGUCGGAUGGCCUGACGGUGCCGCUCGCGACGAGCGCGUCCCCGCCCGCAGGCAGCUCAGACCUGGAGCGGGGCGACGGGGAGCCGCAGUGGGCCUCCUGGGCCCGCGGGGCGCUCGACCGCGCGCGGCGGCAGGCGGAGGAGGCGGCCGAGCAGGCGCGCCAGAACCUGAGCGAGGGGCUCGAGAAGGCGAAGAGCACCGACUGGAGCGAGCAGAUGAGAGUGAUGCAGGAUCGCGUCUCCACCAGCACCUCUUCCGCGAGUUCGUCGUUCAGUGAGGGCACAAGGUCAUUCCACGAGAGCACGGCGCGCAUCAUCGACAGGGCGAAGACGCUCGAGAUGUCAGAGCAGGCGGACAACCUCCGGCGCGGCGUGUCGCGCGGCCUCGAGCAGGUGUCGCAGGGUGCCGCGUCGGUGGGGUCGGCGCUGUCCGAGAGCUCUGGGCAGGCGGCGCAGAAGGCGCGGGAAGGCGCGUCGGCUGCCGCGCAGGGCGCCAGAGGGGCGCUGUCGGUUGUCGGUGAACGUGCGCAUGGCGCAGCCUCCCUGGCGAUGGAUCCAAGAAAGCUGCUCAGGUUCGGCGCCGUCUUCGGCGUGGGCCUCCUCCUCAUCCUGAUAUCGCUCAACUUCCUGCCCAUGCUCCUGUUGAAGCCGCAGAUGUUUGCGUCGUUCUUCACGAUGGGAUCCAUGACCACGAUGAGCGCCUUUGCGUUGUUGGCGGGACCCGCGGCCUUCGCUGCUGCCAUGGCGCAGCCGAAGAAGUUGCCGUUCGCUGCGGCCUACAUUGUCGGGCUCAUCGGCACGUUGUGGGCGACGCUGAUCAAGCACAGCUACAUGCGGGGUGCCAUCAGCUCAGGCCAUCGCGCUGCUCUACUUCGUCUGCUCCUACCUGCCCGGGGGCACCGCGACGCUCAACAUGCUGGGCCGAUUUGGCGGCCGCAGCGUCAGGUCACUGGCGAUGGGAUAGCCGCCGGGCGCACUCUGAUGAGAGGGCGCCCGUAGCUCUGCGGCCUCGCGGCGCUGCAGCAUGUGGCUGCUGCUUCUGCCCCCCACCCCCCCAGGAGGAGAGCGCCUCGCUCCAGUGGUCCUGUGGCCCCUCACGAGUUGCGGUGAUGCGUCGGCGCAGUCUCAGCACGUCUCCUUCUCCCCCUC